GGAAAAAAGCCAGCAAAACACUCGCGAAGCCAACGCAGAAAAAGAAAACAGAAGUGAAAAAGUGAAUCAGAGACGUCAAAUGAAGAAAAUUUUGCGGCACCGUGAGUGAAAAGUGGCCAAUUUGCUCACUUUUUAAAACAAACUAUUUUCAUUGCGGACCUGGAGUGACUAACCCUCCAAAAUAAGGACCAAAAAGGAACUAGUACCGAACCGAAACCGCGAUGACGGAAUUUUGCGACGAUGUGAUUAAGCUUUUCCCGCUGCGUACCAUUCCGGAUGUGAUGAAACUGUUCCGGCAGCAGCUGAACAACCGGGAAGAGGAACCAGACUUGACGCUGCUAUCCAUAGUGACUGGAUUGAUCGAGCAUUCGUUGACGACAAAGGUGCUGGAUUCGUCUACGGGACCAGUGACAGCAACAGGCGCCACCGGCGGGAACCAGCAACAGCCCCAUAUUGAGGUGAUCAGUAAUUUUCCGGUCAUAAAGUACGAUGUGAUCGAGGGGCUGUACAAAAAGUUUAAAACGGUUUUGGCGCCCAUCGAGAAGCUGCUCGUUAAAAACACAACCGACUCGAAGUUUGCCAGUAGAGAGGUGAUAAAGAAGGUGUCGGACAUUAUCUGGAAUUCCCUAUUGCGAAGUUCGUAUAAAGAUAGGGCUCAUCUGCAGAGCUUGUACAGCUAUCUCUGUAGUAAUAAGUUGGAUUGUUUUGGAGUGGCUUUCGCCGUGGUAGCCGGAUGUCAGAUGCUUGGCUACAGGGAUGUUCAUCUUGCUAUUUCGGAGGACCAUGUGUGGGUGGUGUUCGGAAAAACCGGCGACGAAACGAUUGAAGUUACGUGGCAUGGAAAAGGUGCGGAGGAUAAACGAGGUCAGUCGGUGGCACCUGGAGUGGAAUCGCAAACUUGGCUCUACGUGGCCGGAAAUCCAGUGGUAUGCAAUCGAUACAUGGAAGUUGCAGCGAUUGUUUCCGCCAUCAAUCCAUCCUUGACGGCCACCAGUGCAUGCUUGGAGGUGGCAGACCUGCAGCAACAAUUACUUUGGCAGUUGUACGAUAUGGGACACUUGAAGAAGUACCCGAUGGCUUUGGGGUGCUUGGGGGAACUGGAGGAAGUUUCACCGACCAACGGAAGGCAAAACUGUGAGGAACUGUACAAUGAGUCGGUUCAUUCGGCACAAACUUAUUACAAAAAUCAUCACGUCUAUCCGUACACCUAUCAGGGAGGAUACUAUUACAGAAGGAACCUGUACCGAGAAGCGUUUGCUUCAUGGGCGGAUAGCAGUGACGUGAUCAGACUCUACAACUAUUCCCGGGAUGACGAAGAGAUCUACAAGGAAUUUUUGGACAUCGCAAACGAGCUGAUUCCUCAGGUAAUGAAGCUGGAAAGCUCGGGCCAUUCGGCUAAAAGUAUUCUCCGAGAUUCACACUGUUUCGCUAAUUUGUUACGAUUCUACGAUGGGAUCUGUCUGUGGGAAGAAGGCAGUUUGACACCAAUUUUACACAUUGGCUGGGCGAAACCACUGGUGGCUACUAUUGCGAAGUUUGAUCACGAUAUCCGAUCGCAGGUGAUAAUCAAAUGUGGCGAUCAGUCACCGCGGGCCUUCCAGGCAAAUGGAAACCACGUGGGAGAAGGGGAAAAGGUUAAGGCAACGGACGGACAAACGACCAACAAUAACAACAAUAUCAUAAGCAAGACGGAUGCCAACUUGGAAGGUGUGAAGCCGGAUGGGAAGGCCAGCCUGCCGAAAUCGCUAGAGGCUCUCGUCGGUAAGUGCGGAGAGAAACUCUUGAAUCCGGAUUUUCUGCUGCAGGGUGGAGGUCAACCGUUUACUUCCGAAGAUAGCGAGGUGACAGCGGCUGAAAACAAUAUUGCCGCGAAAAAUGGGGUGAAAGAAAAACCGACUGACAAGAAAGAGGCUGCUGUCAACAAGACAGAUUGCAAGACGGAAAGGAGAAAGGAAUCCUUUGAGUUGGUGGAGUCCGAAGACGGAGGGCCGAAACGACCCAUGAUUUCGCUGUACAGCCAGAAGAUGAAAGGUCUCAAAGAUCUGCUUCUUGCUGAGAAGCUAAACACUAACGCCAUCUCGCUGCAGAUUACGGCUCAGAGCCAGGUGCAGGUAGGUGGUAAAAAAUCCCGCUCCCAGAGCGGAACCCAACCGGUGCAGGAAAACGAGGCAAACACUCGUUCCAAGCGUGCCAGGAGGGAGUAAACUUAAUGCUCUGUUGGAAACAGAAACAUUCCCUCGUAUCGGUUUAGGCUUGAUCAUUUGUGAUUGUUUUUAUUAGUACUACCCACUGGUAUUUGGUAUGCGCUUGUGAAGCGCGCUUUUGUUUUAAAUAUGCUAAGAUUGAGAUUCUUCGCAUUGUUGCUUUCUCGUUCCGAGCAAGCGUUGCGAUGCCAUUUUUUUAAAUACGAACCUAUUUAUACAUAAUUUAAUUGUUAACUUAUUCUGAUUCUCUGGCUGUUUCUGUUAUUUUUCUAUUUAUUAAUGUUUUCAAUUGUUGUACGCAAACAAUACUUCCUUCUGAAGGAUCUACUCUAAGAUGUUUCGUUCCCACGCCGCGACUGACCCUCGCAGAUCUAUUCUAGUCUGGUCAGUUUCUCCUUCUAUCCUUAAAGAAACAAAAAACAAAAGUUAAGCAAACGGUUUGAACGACACGAAUGAACGAGAAUUGGGUGUAAUGGAUGCGAGUGAAGCACUAACAUAAGACAAGCAAAAAUUUAACCUCAACACAUAACAAACAACCAGAAAUUGAGAGUACAAAAAAAGAAUGCAAAAUUUUUCGGGAGUUUACUUCUAGGGCCAAUUUUUCCAAAAUUCAUGCAAAUUCUUUGGACAAAAAAAAACACAAACAAAAAACGCGAGAAAUACUUAAUUAGACCAAUCAGGACGCAAAUAGGGCGAAACUACGCUACUUAUUCGGGUUAAAAAGAAUUGGAGAAGCAAGCGAUUUGGAACGGAAAUAUUAAUAACUGGUUAAACUGUGGUUGAGGAUAAAACUGUGUACGAGAUGCACGAGAAAGUCGUGCAUUUGUGGGGUACUCAUGUACGACGGUAUUAUGUUUCAGAAAUUGUUCAUUUUGUAUGUUCGUUGCAUAUCUAGAGCACAACAGUCAGUAUGUAUUGGUUUGAAAAAAGAUUGUCGAUUCUUAACCACCGAAAAGAUAACAGUUUAGGGGAAAAAUAAAUCUAUUUUUUUUCAAUGAGGAGCGUUAGUAAUGUUGCCUUGUGUAAGUACGAUCGAUAAGCUAACGCAGAUAGUUAGCGUUCUACCGAUUGUAUGCAAUAUUUUCUACAAUGUAUCAUUUUUUCAAAUUUUUGAUUUCCUGAAUCGGGUGUCGUUCUGACCUGUAGUGCCUAAAACCAUGGUCUGAUUAGACCUGUCUGUUGCUGUUUGAAGGACCAUGUGGAACCAUUCCUCUGAUUCACAAUUUUAAAUUUUCUUUAUCGUUCCGAACAAAAACGUAUGGUACGCAGCAUCUUACGCAAAACGGCAACAAAAAAUCCAUAUCACGAAUAAGUGCGAACACUUACCUAACUUCGCACAAGCCCAAGACAAAGAAUAUAGAAAUUGAUUCGUUUUUUCCGGAUUCGGAUAUCACUAUUACAUUAUUCGGAUAUUAUUUUGAAUUGCUUCGAUUGUUUAAAAAUAGAUCCCUAGUAACAAAUUUUGGUAGUCCUUAAAAGUGCCGUUUUAUAGAAGCAUUCGAAAAUGGUAGUUCCUUGAAUCAGUCUUGUACUCGCGAGAACAAUACUCAAGCUGGCCAUAUGAAAUAUGUGUUCGGAUAUUUGUAUCUUUAUUUUGAUUCUCAGCAUGAAAGUCGCAAAAAAAACUUGAAAGCCCAGGAAAAUUGUAUUUUCCAGGGCAUUCAUCGUGUACCGUCAUAGAAUGAAUUAAUUGAAAAUUAUUAUCCGAAAUUCAACAACUGGUAUUUAUCCAGAGCUCCGCUGACCAUAAUCCCAUAAAAUCCAACGUCUGACAUUUAGUCGAAAUCUUGGUAGUAGUCCUUGUUUUAAAGUGACCAAACGUACAAAACUGCUUUUUUUUCUAAAUUUACGACCACUAAUUUGACAGCGAAAGGAAUCCAAUGUUUAUGGAAAUUGUCAGGUUAUUUUUGGUGAGAUUAAAAUAAUUGUUCACCGAUUUUUUUGUGUGAUAAAAAAGAUAUAAAUGAUCGAAAAGAGAAAAAUCUCGUUUUAUUUAUCAAUUCCUUGUCAGUUUUCGCGACAAAAUUGUUGGAGUAGAUCUUACGCUUCAGGUUUGCCCAGAAAUUCUCGAUGGAACGCAGCUGGGGGACAUUGGGCGGGUUCGCCGACUUGGGUACCACAUGGAUAUUCAGCCGCUUCAUCUGCUCUAACGAUCGCUUCAAGUAGUGGGCCGACGCCAAAUCCGGUCAGAACGCCGUGUCUUUGCCCUUAUUGUAUUUCUUAAUAAACACAUAUCCAUGUCGAUCGCAAAAGCUAAUGCCAUGUUUGGAUUUUUACGCGCAAUACAGCACAGUUCGAGGACGUUCAUGCGCUAAAAACCUUAUAUUGAUUGUUGGUUCGUAGUGCGUUCUUGAAUAUGGAGUACAAAUUUGGGUUCCAAAUCAUGCUGUCCAAAUGUCACGAAUCGAACGAAUUCAAAAAAGAUUCGUGAGAUUUGCGUACGCUGGCUUCCAUGGUUAAGUCCUGACAACUUGCCUUCGUACUAGUAGAGAUGUGCGUUCAUCGGAAUGCAAACGCUAUCGAGUCGACGAGAUUUUUUACAGAGAUUCUUCGUUUUUACGUCAUUCGUCAUUAUAUUGACUGCAGUAGUCUGCUACAGAACGUCAAUUUUCAUGCUCCAGCCCACCAGCUUCGCAGUACUAGCCUUUUAUGGGUUCCAAGACAUCGUACUGCCUAUGGCUACAACAACCCGCUUGAUAGAUGCUGCAAAUUCUUCAAUGACGUUUGUAGAUAUUUUGAUUUUAACUUUAAUAGAGUAGUCUUUAAGAAUAAUAUUAAGUGUCCGUAAGCAAUCUGUGUGACUUUGUGUCGAAGAUGUUGAUAAAUAAAUAAAAAAAACUUCCGGUAGGCACUUCGUACUAUAAAUUUUCCCGUUCAUGGCCUGUCCGGAGCUAAAGAAGAGCCGCUUUGACAUCCCCUUCUCGUUGAUUGUCAGCCACAGCCGCACCUUUUUGGGGAACUUGGUGUGUGAAAUAAACUUUACUUAAACUUUACUCAUUUCCUUCGUGGGGGAAGUAAAAUACAAAGUGCCCUGCCAGUCGUUGCCAUCCAGGGUGAGAUAGGUCUCGUCGUCCAUCACCACCGCCACGUCGCGAUUUCGCCGGGAAAAUGGACUUGACCAUCUUUCUUAUUCUUAUUUCACCAUCACGGUUAGAGUUCGACUGAUAGAGCUGUUAAUUUUUUUCCGCUAACCCAUGGGUUGCUAUGAUUGACGCUGCAUGGGUAGUUUCGUCAGUGCGUGUGAAGGUAAACUCAUGAAAAAUCGGCAAUUAUAGUCCAUUUUUUAAUGCAAACGUUAGAACUGUUGAAAAGCAGUGCCCGUUACCGUGCGACAUUGAUGAUGGGGGUACCUCUAGUUGUAAGCUAUAGUAUCUGGACGAUUGUGGUGGAUCGAGAGGUCGGUCGGAACAGUGCGAUCUCAGUACAGCUUGAAAUGCUCGCAGGUACCGCUAGUUCGAGACGAAUGUCUUCUAAUAGACCACAUUUAGCGCCAGUAUAUUUUUUUUUCUUCUGAGUAUAAACUUUGGCAGUUCUGAUAAUAGUAAGCAGUUUAUACACACUUCUGUGUUGUUAUCUUUUGUGGGGAGGAAGAUGGCCACACGGGUCGUGAAUUCGAGAAGGUUGUGUGGGUUACGUAGCAUCUUGAUGAAACACUCAGCUAUUUUUUUAUGUACUAUGAUCAGUUUCGAUUUUUUUCGUCAGCUGGUGAGCUCCAAGCUCCAAUCUCAACCUUUUCCACGGAGAUGUAGGAGCAGUUCGCUUCUCUCUACUGUCAAUACAUUGUGAUACAUAUUUAAGCAAUCUAGAUUUAAUUAAAAUCUAUUAUAGAUUGAACACUAAUUUGCUAAUAUGAACAAAACAAUUAAUACGAAUCUUUUCAUACAGAACUGUUCGAGUUUUUUAACGCAUCGCAUUAUUCAACGAAUACUUCUAAUAAGAACAUCGUAUAUCAAAUCUUAAAAUACGACCAUAAUUUGAACUUGUUUUUCGUAAAAAUUUGAAUAUUUUGGAUUUGACCCCGACUAAUUUCAACUGAAAAAGAACGGGUGGUUAAGAAUAUAAGUACAAUCUAAACUUACAUAAAACUGUUGUUAAACUUCAUUUUGGUGCUGUACUAUUAUGCUCUAUAUACUAGUUCUUUUCUUUUUCGCGUAAUAAUAUUACAUGGCUCAUAACUCGUAUAUCAACUGGCUUGUUUCUUGAAACUGUUACUUUUCUGUUACGUUACUACGUAUUCUCACGAAGAAUAAAAUUAUACACUUUAGGGGAGAGUUCCUUUCAUCGAAGCAGUCAUACUUCUUCCUGUAGUUUACACACCAUACAGUACUAGUAGUAACUUUUUACAACUAAAUAAUAGAUUAAACGAUAGGACAACACACACAUAAGAAUCACACUAUGCUGUAAAAGCGAGAAGAAAAAAUGUACUAUUACUAGCAUAGCAUACAUAUAUCAUAAGUCACCGCUGAGAAACGCCGAGGGUCAACGUGUUUUGAAACCGAGUACAUACAAUGUUAUACAUACCCUUACGUUUAGUGCACAACACAAGCAGAAAUCAAACAAAAUAGCUGAGUAAGAACCGCCUGAAAUCGAAGGGGGCGAAUAGGGUUCAAAAAUCAAAUAAGUAAUAAUAACUUGCAGUCAUCUGGCAAUAGAAAUGAACUGAUUAUUUGUUAGAUCUUGGUUAAGAUUUGUGUUUUUUUAAUUGAAAAGGUUUGUAGUGCCACCAAUCAAUAGUACAAGAGUCAACGUUCUUUAUUUUCAAUAUAUAGCAUGUAGGAUCCUCAAAAUGCACUAUGAAAUAAAUCACUCUUUUGUUUUGUUAUCGAAAGUCGUUUCAACACACUCCAUAAAAUCAUAAAAAAACGUCUUUCUAGAGGCUACUUAGUUCUUACACACACACACAAACUAGCAGCAAGACAGACACUUCCCACUGGCAAGUGCGAAUGAUUCCUUCGAUGUAAGAUCUUCUGUCGUUUGACUGUUAAGAAUGUUUAUUUCUUUUAUGAAAAGAAUUUAAAUGAUACGCUUCUAUUAUUCUAUAACUUUUUUUUAAAACAACAAUGUUACAUGCCUAGCGAUCCCACAUUGUGCGUAUAAGAGAUGUAUUCUAUUUUUCUUCAGUAGCAUUUUACUUUUAAUUAAAUGAUAAUGGCUCAUGUUUUAACUUCCCACACAACUAUCGUCACAAGCAACAAAACAACGGAGACGGAACCGGUCUCGAACACUUGUGCUUGUCCUGCGUGGGUAAAACUGGUUAAACAUAUUAAUUGAUGCUAUAUAAAAUACAUUAUAUUUAACUGUGAUUAGUAUGUGAACUGUAUUUAAACAUAUAAAAAUAAAACAAAAAAUACAUUGAAUGCAAUUUCAGAUACCUUUAAUGUAAAAAAAUACAAUUUUUGGAAAGUAAAAACUGAAGAGGAAACACAAUACAUUAGUAGAGAAAAACGAGAACAGGCAUGUUGUAAUAAACACUUUUGAGAAACACUUGAGAGAUGAAUGCAUACAUGAUAUAAAAUUCUAUAUAUUUUUGAGAUACUAUUCAUAUAUUUAUAUAUAGAGAGAGAGAAAGAGGAUGAAGUGGAAAAAUGGAACACAGAAAAAAUAAAAUACACCGAGUGCAUGACACGAUUAGUUUUUCUUAGCGAUGAAAAGUGGAAAAAUAUUGAGUAAUCUGACAUGAGAAUAAAAAAAUCUGAAUUCAUAAAACCUGUUUAAUGCGAUUAGUUUUCUGAAAUAAGUUAGUCGUUUCAAAGUAGAAUAAAAUUAUGUCUAAAGUUGAAAAUUGAUGUUGAAAUUUGUAAAACAAAACGUUACUUUGCUGGAGAGAGAGAGACGAUGGCGCGAGAAAAUAAAACAUAUACAAAACAUGUUUGUUUCAGGGUACAAAAUAAUUGAUUGUUAUAUGAUCGCAAUAGUUGCAGCAAAGAUACAACACAGUUGGAUGUUUGGUUAGGCAGUAGCUGUUUUCCAUGCAAUAAUGUGGACACCACUAGAAACACAUUCACACACACAGAACGUAAUAGCUGAACACAAUCAUUUAUGCCACAUAAAAUCCUAUUAAUCGAUCAAACAUAUGAUAGCUAUACCGCAUUGAUCUAUCAAUGUACACUACAAUAUAAUUAUGAACCAAACUGAAUGAAUAAAAGAACGGUUAAAAAUGUAAGAAGACACCCCAGUUAACUGUGGCAUGCAAAGAAUCAAGUGCUAUGAAAGUGAUGAGAAAUAAAAACACAACACAACUCAGAGCAAGAUCAAAAAUGGGCAA